AUGAUUCCAAAGCCACUACGCACCGUGUGCACGGUUGCUGCCGUACUCGUCGGCGGAUUUUUCACACUGAAUUUGGCUUCCACUGCCACUAUUGGAGCGCUUCGGUUGGCCACCGAAUCCAAAAGGAGAAAGAUUGCGCUGCCUUGUGGGGUUUGUAGAGGGAAAGGGUUUUACAUAUGCAAGCUAUGCAAAGGGAAUAAUACCAUUGAAUGGUCGCCUCUGUAUGACCCAAUUGCCAUCAACCCCUGUCUUUGCCCAACCUGCGAUGGAAAUGGGAUACAGCGCUGUCUGAAUUGUGUGGGGAAGGGAUACAAUUGA